AUGACUUCGUGCUUUGUACCAAACGGGGCCAGUUUGGAGGAUUGCCACUCCAACCUCUUCUGCCUGGCUGAUUUGACUGGAAUCAAAUGGAGGCGCUUUGUGUGGCAAGGGCCCACAUCUUCACCCAUCCUAUUCCCUGUCACCGAAGAGGAUCCCAUCCUAUGCAGCUUCAGUCGCUGCUUGGCUGCAGAUGUCCUGAGUGUGUGGAGAAGGCAUCACACUCCUGGUCGCAGAGAGCUCUGGCUGUUCUGGUGGGGGGAUGACCCCAGUUUUGCUGAACUUAUUCACAAUGAGCUCUUAAGUGAAGAGGAUGGUGAGUGGGAGAGUGGCCUGUCCUAUGAGUGUCGUACGCUGCUGUUUAAAGCCAUCCAUAACCUGUUGGAGCGUUGCCUCAUGAAUAGAGGUUUUGUGCGUAUUGGCAAGUGGUUUGUAAAGCCAUACCAGAAGGAUGAGAAGACACUCAAUAAAAGUGAGCACCUGUCCUGCGCAUUCACCUUCUUCGUGCAUGGUGACAGCAAUGUCUGCACAAGUGUGGAGAUAGCUCAACAUCAGCCACUUCAGCAGCUGAGUGAGGAGCACCUCAGCCUUGCACAGCAGAGCUCCAGUCCAAUGCAAGUCAUCUUAAGUCCUUAUGGUUUAAAUGGGACUCUUACUGGCCAAGCUUUUAAGAUGUCAGACCAUCCCACUCAAAAACUCAUUGAAGAGUGGAGACAGUUUUACCCCAUCAGUCCCAAACCCAAGGAUUUUCAAGAAGAGAAGAUGGAGGAGGGAGACUGGGAGGAUGACUCUCUGGCUGCUGUUGAGGUCCUGGUUGCUGGUGUACGGAUGGUCUAUCCUGCCUGUCUGGUGCUUCUGCCCAUCUCAGACCUCCCAGUGGUGGUUCCGCAGACCUCGGCAAACCCCUCACCCAUGUGUGGUCAGGCUGUGCACAGAGACCCCUCCAUGUCCUCAGUUACUUUAACACCCCCAACUUCCCCAGAGGAGGGACAUACUAAUCAUCCACCAGCACAGAGGUGGCUCAAACAAUCCUCUUCAUCUGAUGGCUAUAACUCCAGCCACAGCCUUCAUGGAGGUAAAAUACCCCGGAGACUGGCCAGCCAGAUGGUGGAGUCUGUAUGGCAAGAGUACAACAUAACUCAUCCAGGGAGCAAGAGAAAAUUUCCUUCAUUGGUUAAUGGAAGCUGUGAGGAAGAGCCUGAUAAAACGGCUAUCUGGGAUUUUGUUGAGCCCACACGCAAGCCACACUGCAACUGUUCAAGACAUAAAGGUCAGAAACAGCGGUCCAGCAGCACUUCAGGACACCCACCCUCAUCUAUUCAGACCAACCAGUGUGUCCCCAAGCAUAAACUGGGUGAAAAGUUGGAGAAGGGGGAGAAGCAGCAGAAGCGGCCGCAAACCCCGUUCCAUCACCGCAACUCUGUGUGCGACGAGCAGUCCAUGGAGCCACAGGCGCAACGGCUGUGUCUCCGAGCACAGGUGGAGGGCACAUAUCCCAGCUUACACCAUGUGGACAGUGUACCCCCAAAAGCCCCUACGCUUCAUCCGCACGGACCUCCAGGAGACAUGGUCGGCUCUCCGCCUCCUCCCCCGCUCAGCCCACAUCCAUGCGAUCCUGCAGAAGGGGAAAUGACUCCCGGUGAUAUGAAAAACUCGACACCUAUUCACCAACCUUUUUACCCGCCAUCCGUGGAGCCGUGUCUGGUGCCGCAGAAGUGUUCUUCAGACGAACCCAACUUGCAAAACCUGUCGAUGCCUUUCUCCUUUCCCGCCCCCUACAAUGAAACACUCGAACCCACCGUUUUCGUCGGCUCUGCCAUAAAUCCACAUGAAGAUUCCUCGCACAAUCCUUGGAAGUACUUCAAUUUCCCCCGGAAGAAGGGCACCAACUUUUCUUCUCCUCAGCUACCUUCGGACAAAAUGCGAGACGAUGGCAGUGGAAGUGGAUGGACAGAAAGCGUUGUUUCAGUGACAGAGUUGAUGUCAACAUCCUCGCAUCGGCUAAAGGUUUCAUCUGAGCUGGUGAAGACUUACGCUCAGCAGCGGAACAGCCAUCUGAAAUCUGUUACUGAAGGCGAGGAUCAAGGAGAUGACCCAGACCCUUAUGCCUUUGUGGAAGACGACGAAUUUGUCUUCAGUGAGAAAAAGGACAAGUCUGGACCUGAGCGAGAAGGUGGCAAGAAACACAAGAAUGAGGAGGGAGAUGGAACAACUGAAGACGAUCAGUGUGCAUCGGGCAGUAAACCCACAGUCUCGACCAGCCUCAUCCAUGAGAAUGACCUGGCUGUGUCCUACAGUGAUUUGGACAAGAUCUUCAACUCAGAUGAUGAGUUAACGCCUGGCUCAAAACGUGCUGGCAUCCUUACAGAUGACAAAUGCAAAGACCCUAAAGCUCCUGCCUCAGACCCUCUGUCGUCCAUAAGUUCUGUUGAUCUCCACCAGAUGUUUCCCACGCCGCCUUCUAUAGGGGAAGGGUACUCGCCCAUGAACUCUGGGAGCAAAGACAGCCUGGAAGCUGGGGCUGGUCUGACUCUGUUGGAUGGAAGUCAACUCAAUAACCAUUUCAAGAUGGAGGUAGAAGAGGGGUUCUGUAGUCCAAAGCCGUCUGAGGUUAAGGACUAUACCUUUGUCUUCAAAUCAGAAACCUGUCAGUCAAUUAUUGGCUGUUCCAUGUACGCUCCUCUGAAGACUUUACCGAGUCAGUGUCUGUUACCUAUCAAACUGCCAGAAGACUGUGUGUACACUCCCACUUGGACUAUGGGGAAAAUGGACCUUAUGCCCUCAAAUGUCACAGCCCCUAAAGACAGCACGGACACCGACUAUGUCCAGACUUACACGCCCCAAACUCAAACACCCUUCGUGUCCAACAGUGCGCCACCAAGCAAUAGCAAUGCAGGCAUUCUUCCCUCCCCGGCCACACCUCGCUUUUCAGUGCCCACUCCCCGUACGCCCAGGACUCCGCGCACGCCCCGCGGUGGGCCAGCCAGCGUCCAAGGAUCAAUGAAGUACGACAACCCGGACCUAUACUCUCCCGCCUCCACCCCAUCCACCUGCCGCCCCCUGAGCUCCGUGGAGCCUGCCACUGUCCCGUCUAUCCCUGAGGCGCACAGCCUGUACGUCACACUCAUCCUGUCAGAGUCUGUCAUGAACCUCUUCAAAGACUGUAACUUCGACAGCUGCUGUGUGUGCGUCUGUAACAUGAACAUUCGCGGGGCGGAUGUGGGCGUGUACCUCAAAGAUAAUGGGGAGGCUCAGUAUCCCUGCACUUGUGGCUUCAGUGCUGUGUCCAAUCGACGCUUUGGCCAAUCCGCUGGCUUAUUCCUGGAGGAUGAAUUGGACGUAGUGGGUCGAGGUUCAGAUGCCGGUCGUGACACUGAGAGGCGUUUUGAGGAGCUUCGGGUGUCCGCCAUACACAAGGCCGGCAGUCUAAAGGAGAAGCCCCCAGAUAACUUGAUUUUGCUGCUACAGGACCAAUGCACCAAUCCCUUUGCUCCUUUGGCUGGGGUAAAUUAUUCUAGACCGAGCUCCACCACAGCAGCUUUUGUGCGGGUUGGGGAAAGAGACUGCUAUAACGACUGCUACAUGGCUUUGGAACAUGGUCGGCAGUUUAUGGACAAUAUGUCUGGAGGCAAGGUAGAUGAAACUCUUGUAAAAAGCACGUGUCUUCACCAUUGGCAAAAAUGCAAAUCUGCAACGAUGAACCAGCUUUUCUCUCAGGAUGUCCGACGGGUGUUGUUGUCGCUGCAGCCUGUGCUUCAGGAUUCAAUUCAGAAGAGAAGAAGCAUACGUUCGUGGGGUGUGCAAGGCCCACUCACCUGGCAACAGUUCCACAAAAUGGCUGGACGAGGCUCGUACGGCACUGACGAGUCCCCUGAGCCGUUGCCCAUCCCCACCUUUUUGGUGGGGUAUGAGUAUGACUUUGUGGUUCUGUCUCCUUUUGGGUUACCGUACUGGGAAAAGCUAAUGCUUGAUCCCUUUGGUUCCCAAAGAGAUGUAGGAUAUGUUGUCAUCUGUCCUGAAAAUGAGGCUCUGCUUAGGGGCGCAAAGACCUUUUUUAAAGACUUAAGUGCGAUAUAUGAGGCGUGUCAACUUGGGCAACACCGGCCCAUCUGUAAGAGUCACCCAGAGGGCAUUUUGAAAGUCGGCCCCACAGAAGACAGGAACAUGACGGAGCAGGCUCUCAGCGACUGGUUUCUCAAGAUGGGUGCUAAAGAUGGAAACAAUGACGCUUUUAAUAGGCUCAAACUCUUUGCACAAGUUUGCCGCUAUGAUUUAGCACCAUACUUGUCACAACAGUCUUUGGAUAGCUCUUUGCUCUCCCAGCGCAGUCCUGUGGCAACUCCUCUCCUUCAGAGCAACUCUUCCAGCACCACCUCAGGAUCCCAGGGCACCAACACAAGCACUUCCAGCAACAGCUCUGCCCUGCCCAAUCCAGUCAACAGUACAACCCCACCCUCUGCUGGACCACAGACAAUUGGGUCAAUGGCAUCUGCCAAACCAAGCUCCUACUCUCCAUUUGGGGCAAGCCUGCAGGGUGGCAUAUCGCAGAAUGGAACACAGUCCAAUCAGCAAAACUCUGGGACAGACAACGGGUCCUCCUCAAGCCAGACUCCGGGGAUUUCUGAGGCACCAGAGAGCACAAUGGAUAGAGAUAAAGUGGGAAAGCCAACAGAUGGUGAUUCCCAUGCAGUAUCAUAUCCACCUGCCAUCGUAGUGUAUAUCGUGGACCCCUUCAGCUAUGAGGAUUCGGAUCGAGAACUCCAUUCCAGCACCUACACCCUGGGCCUGUUAUGCUGCUACAUGGAGAUGCUUCAGUUACUGCCUUCUCACAUCAGAAAUGCAGUCUCCGUUCAGAUUGUCCCGUGCCAGUAUAUGCUUCAGCCAGUGCGCAGUGGGGAGCGUCAUCUCUACAGCCAGCACAUCAAAUCUCUGGCUUUCUCAGUCUUCACACAGUGUCGAAGGCCUUUGCCCAACUCUACAAACUUCAAGACCCUCACCGGUUUUGGCCCUGGGUUGGCCAUAGACAUGGCACUGAAGAACCCAGAGCGACCAGAGUGCCAACGCUUGUACACACCACCUUUUAUUCUGGCUCCAAUAAAAGACAAGCAGACUGAGUUGGGAGAAACGUUUGGAGAGGCCUCUCAGAAAUACAAUGUCCUGUUUGUUGGUUACUGUCUGUCCCACGACCAGCGCUGGCUGCUGGCCUCCUGCACUGACCAACAUGGAGAACUGCUGGAGACCUGUGUCAUUAGCAUUGAUGUACCCAACAGGGCACGUCGGAAAAAAGGCUCAGCUCGGCGCCUGGGCUUGCAGAAGCUCUGGGAUUGGUGUCUGGGUCUUGUACAGGUGACUUCAUUGCCUUGGAGGGUUGUGAUUGGACGGCUUGGCAGAAUGGGUCAUGGCGAACUGAGGGACUGGAGUAUUCUGCUAAGCAGAAGAAAUCUGCAGUCACUCAGUAAACGUCUGAAAGAAACAUGUCGAAUGUGUGGCAUCUCUGCCUCUGACACCCCCAGCAUCCUUAGUGCCUGUUUGGUUGCUAUGGAACCACAAGGUUCCUUUGUAAUUAUGCCAGAUUCAGUUUCGACAGGUUCUGUAUUUGGCCGCAGCACCACACUCAACAUGCAGACAUCUCAGCUGAGCACUCCUCAGGACACUUCCUGCACUCACAUCCUGGUGUUUCCAACCUCUGCCAUGGUACAGGUCAACACCAACACCACUGAGCCCAUCGACAUCAACUUUAACCCCAACAACGAUGGAACAGAUGGGAUGGGUUUCUUUGACCUGUUUGACAAUGACAUGGUGGAUCCAGAUCUCAUCAACAUCCUUCCAAACUCACCCACCACCUCUCCUGUCCACUCUCCAGGCUCGCAUUACCAUCAGGGUGGCGACGGCGGCAAGGGGCAAAGUGCAGACCGAAUGGAGUCUCAUGAAGAAGCUCUGAACAUCCUGCAGCAGCCCAUGGCUCUGGGUUACUUUGUUUCAACGGCCAAAGCCGGACCUCUGCCAGACUGGUUCUGGGCUGCGUGUCCAGAAGCCAAGGAUCAGUGUCCACUCUUUCUUAAGGCCUCUUUGCACCUGCAUGUGUCGUCUGUCCAAUCAGACGAGCUGCUUCACAGUAAACACUCCCAUCCUCUGGAUUCCAAUCAUACCUCGGAUGUGCUCAGAUUUGUUCUGGAGCAUUACAACGCACUCUCGUGGCUGACGUGUGACCCCGCCACUCAAGACCGCCGCUCCUGUCUGCCCGUUCACUUUGUGGUGCUCACUCAGAUGUACAACUUCAUCAUGAACAUGCUCUGA